UUGUUUUGUGAGUGACUGGAGGAAAGAAAGCUUUUCAGAUGGACAUGGAUUCCCACGGUGCGGGGGCUUCUCCUGCAAGCGCGCACGCAGCCGCCGGAGCCGGAGCCCGCGGCGGCUAACCGAAGCAUCUCCCAAGUGCGAGCUGCCGGAUUCCGGCCAGUACAUAUACCCUGCCGUACGCAGAUCGCAGAUCGAUCCAUCCACCCAUCCAUCGGGAACGGCGGCGCGGGCGACAGCGAGGAGGAGGGGGGGUCUUGGAUUCUACCGCCAUGGGAUGCAGCAGCCUCCGCCUCCCCGCCUGGGCGGCGGCCGCGCCGCCGUCGGCGCCCUCGGACUGGCGGGGGCGCCGACCCCACCGUGGGCUGCUGGCACGCCGCUGCUGCAGCGCCCCGUCGUCCACGCCCUCGGCGGCGGCGGCGGCGGCGCCGUCGCACCUCCGGGUCGGGAGGGAGCACGAGUGGGUGUGGGAUUGCCGCGGCGGCGGUAUCGGCGGAGGCGGGAGGGACUACGCUAGGGAGAUGGAGGUGGCGGUGCGCGUGGUGCAGGCGGCCUGCACACUCUGCCAGCGAGUGCAGGGCUCGCUCCUCCAUCCCGCCUCCGGCGCCGGUGGCGUCCACUCCAAGCUCGACCGCUCCCCCGUCACGGUUGCAGAUUGGGGCGUCCAAGCGAUAGUAAGCUGGUUACUCUCAGAUUGCUUUCAAGAUGAAAACAUAUCUAUAGUAGCUGAAGAAGAUGAUGAGACACUGUCUAGUAGAGAUGGUGCAGCUUUUCUUGAAUAUGUUGUUGAUGCUGUUAAUGGUUGCCUGAUUGAAGCUCCAAGGUAUGGUCUGAGGUCCCCUGAGAAAGAGCUCAAAGCUCACGAUAUUCUUCAAGCUAUUAGGAGGUGCAACUCUACCGGAGGUCCAGAAGGAAGGUUUUGGGUGCUUGAUCCUGUGGAUGGCACGCUUGGGUUUGUACGAGGGGAUCAAUACGCUGUUGCUCUUGCGCUAAUUGAAGAUGGGGAGGUCGUACUAGGAGUUCUUGGCUGCCCAAAUUAUCCAAUGAAAAAGGAAUGGCUCAACUACCACCAGCGAUAUUACAGGUUGAUGUCUAAGGUUUCUCCGCCCACAUCAGGAUCCUGGCAUAAGGGUUGUGUGAUGUACGCUCACCGAGGAUGUGGCCAAACUUGGAUGCAACCAUUAGUUCAUGAUGUUGGCAAGCUUGAUUGGCGUAAUUCAAGAGAGGUCCGAGUAUCAACUGUUAGUGAUCCAGUCUCAGCAACAUUCUGUGAACCUGUUGAGAAAGCUAAUUCAAGCCAUUCCUUCACUGCUGGGCUUGCUCAUAGUGUAGGCUUAAGGAAGCAACCCCUUCGUGUGUACAGCAUGGUGAAAUAUGCCGCAAUAGCAAGAGGGGACGCAGAAAUAUUCAUGAAAUUUGCUAGAGCUGGAUACAAGGAGAAGAUAUGGGAUCAUGCCGCUGGGGUGGUCAUCAUUCAAGAAGCUGGUGGAGUGAUCACAGAUGCUGGUGGCCGCCCACUUGACUUCUCCAGGGGUGUUUUCUUAGAGGGCUUGGAUAGAGGCAUAGUAGCUUGUUCCGGACCAUUGCUUCAUCACAGAAUUGUGGAUGCUGUCGAUGCAAGCUGGAACUCAUCAACACUGUAAUGCAAAUAGUACGGAUGACCACGGUCCAUUGGCUCAUUGUUGUUCAUAGAAUGCAAAGGAAAAUAAGCUAAUUUUAGCUUGCAGAAUUACUAAGUGUUCACUUCAGUUUGAUCACAAAAAGGUAAUACUGCAGCAAGUAACACGGUGUAUAUUGUUGAAUAAGCAAG